CAUUGGCUGCGCAAAGACACCCCCUCGUAAUGUUCCUGGCGAACUGCAUGUCAAGUUUAAGCCAGCCGCUGCAUGCGCAGAUAAUGUCCCCAUUUCAACACAGACUAACGUUUUUGCUUUGACGAUGGCAUUAAACUGCAGCACAUUUAGACGCCUUAUCUUAGGAGCACAGACCGCGGCUGAGGCCUGCACAAAGCGGGCAGUUCAACAGACAUGUGGGAGAUACAGAUUGUGUCGAUGGUAUUCUGGUGUCACUCAUGAAGAGAAAAGGCUGGAGCAGGUCGGAGAGCUUAUGGUUCCAGGUAGUCAGAGGCGAGUCCUGAAGGAUGUCCUGCCUUUCUCAGCGUUCCUUAUGGACUCCUUUGGACGCAGACAUAAUUACCUUCGCAUUUCUCUCACUGAGAAAUGUAACCUUCGCUGUAAGUCUCUCACAUACUGUAUGCUUUGUAAAAAGACAUUUGCUUCUACUAUCAAUGCUACUAGUCCAAAUGAAGCCAUACUAAAUGCGGAACUGAAGAAGUUGGAGGGUCUACAGACCAUUGCAGUCACCACAAAUGGGAUGAAUUUGACCCGACUGUUGCCCAGUCUAAAGAAAGCUGGAGUGGAUCUACUCAACAUCAGUCUAGACACUCUGGUCCCUGCAAAAUUUGAGUUCAUCGCUAGACGAAAAGGGUUUCAUAAAGUGAUGGAGGGCAUUGAAAAGGCUAUUGAAAUGGGCUACAAUCCAGUCAAGGUGAACUGUGUGGUCAUGAGAGGUUUGAAUGAAGAUGAGUUGAUUGACUUUGUGUCACUGACAGAGAGGAAACCAUUGGAUGUGAGAUUCAUAGAGUACAUGCCUUUUGAUGGUAACAGAUGGAAUUUCAAGAUGAUGGUGAGCUAUCAGGAGAUGCUGGACUUUAUAAAGCAAAAAUGGCCCAAUCUGGAGCCUGUGCCUGGAGAGGAAACGGAUACAGCCAAGGUCAGCUCAGCUCCAGACUGUGUUGCUUUUGGAGGGAACAGGCCAAUGAUCCUCAUUGGUAGAGAAUGCAACUGGCUGCUGUCAGUACCUCUGUUUAGAGGCAGUCAGAGGCAGCCUUUUCCUCUGAUCCACUGCAUGGAUUCAGCAGCCUCUGCUACAACUCACUCAACAAAUUCCGUUCAACACUUUCGUGGUACUGCCCAUCAGGACUACCCAAGCAUUUUUGUUAAUGAUACACUAGGUUUGACUCCUCUUUGUAAAAAGCAUAAUCGACCAAGGUUUCGUUCUAUGAAAAGAUUAAACAAUCAAAGGCAAAGUCGUGCAGCCUCAGAGGCACUUUGCAGUGAAGUGAUGACCGGAUCUUAUCAUCAAGUGAAUGCUGGUGCCUUAAAAAAACCCACAGCUUCAACUCUUCAUACGCACAUUUUGCGCUGGGGGUCUCAGCCACCACAGCUACAGUCCAAAACAUUUCCUCCCUUUCUGAGUGCACUACUGUCAACGUCCAAAUGUAGAGAUUCAGCUCUGCAGUUUGCACGGCACUACUGCAGCAAAACCCCUGAAUGUGGGUUUGAUUUGAAAACACCACAUACAGAUGCACAGUCGUCCAGCCUUGAUGGAACCUCUGAUCAGUUGACCCACACUGAUGCACAGGGAAAAGCCUCCAUGGUCAACGUGGGCGAUAAGGCGGUAACUUGUCGCACAGCCAUGGCUUGUGGCAAGGUCGUCCUGGGCCCAAAAGCUUUUAAUUUGGUGUGUGCCAAUCAGCUUGCCAAGGGCGAUGCACUAGCAGUAGCACAGCUAGCGGGCAUCAUGGGUGCCAAGCAGACCUCAUCUCUCAUUCCCCUCUGCCACCCGCUUCCUCUCGACCACGCCUCCGUUACCAUAGAGCUGCUGGAGGAAGAACAUGCUGUCAUCGUCAAGGCAACCUGCCAAACCACGGGCCGCACAGGAGUGGAGAUGGAGGCCCUGACCGCCGUUGCGGUGGCUACACUAACCCUCUAUGACAUGUGCAAGUCAGUCAGCCAUGACAUUCUUAUUACUGACAUCAAGUUGCUCAGCAAGACGGGCGGACAGAGAGGUGAAUUUCAUUGGCCACCUGAUUCCUAAAGAACGCAUAAACCGCUGGCUUAAUCUCACCUGUUUGAAUGUCACUACAGUAUUUUUCUUUUUAGAAUGACACCCGUUUUCUGUAACAAAAUGUGCCUUCACAUGCCUCUAUAGUUAAUCUACUUAUUGUCAUUUUUACUAUUCCUUUGUCCAUUCCAAGCAUGAAAUGUAACUUACUCAAGACCUGACAUAUAAAGAAUACUUUAUUUCAGUGUAUAUUUAUUUUAAUAAUGAUAAUGCAGCUAGUGAUACUGCAUUUCGAAAGGUUGUCACAGUUUUCACCAGAUGAGCAAACUUAUAUUUGCACUGAAAAGUGUUAGCAUAAAUGAGCAAAACCAAGCAGCAAAUGUUUAUCCUUUGAGUGAACUAUCCAUUUAAACUAAAACACAACCCACCCGACAGUGUGCAGGUGUCCAAAAUGCAAUUUUAUAGAGUGCUGCAGGGUUUACACAUUUUGCAGGACAACAACCAGGAAUAAGCAUUUUAGCAUGUCUGGUUCCUUUUUUUUUUUUUUUUUAAAUAAAGACUGAAAGGCUUGUUGGAAGCUUGUUUUAGCAGUCUUUGUUUAGCGUUUUACUUUUGCAGAUUGUAUUUAGGCUUCAAAAAGUUGUUAAAGUUGUGUGAGGAUUAUUGUGACGAUGUAAGAAUCAAACUUUUGUUGUUUAUGGUUUGGCCUACAAAAAUAUGUCAUCACUGCAGCACUCUAUUCAAAAGGCUUGCAUUGACAAUUCGCUAUUGGCCUAAAUACUGUUACAGUAUUUUCUUAUAAAACAUCCACUUUCUUUUAGAUUACAUUAUUUCUGUUUUUGUGUAGUCUUUCAUGUAACAUGAGCAGAACAAAUUCAUUACAGUAUUUGUGACAGUAGUUUUAUAAACUAACAUUCUGCUUGUUUCACGAACUAGGCCCAUAUUUAAUAAAAUGUGUUUCGUAUUCAUUUAAAGUUUUUCAAAAAGUGUUUUUGAAAUGGAAUACUUUCAUGAUAUCCUGCUACAAACGCACAAACUGUAAAUUCACCCUGUGACUUGUCUGAACAAACAAGAAUACAGUGAAAAGAUUAAUCAUACCUUCAUUGUUAUUCUUCUUUUAUACAUAAAGCUGAAAUCACUAAAUCUGAACAUUUGUCAGAAUGCUGUUCAUCAUAAUUUUCUAAUAUAAUUGAUGUUUACAUUGUGUAAUAUGUUCCAUGUCUAAACUGCAAUAGUUGGUUUGGAUGAAAUGUUUGAAUGAUGGAUGUGUUUGGUAGCCAGAUAAUUAAUUUUUAUUUAUUUAUUUUUGGUCUUGGUCAAUUGUAACGGACACCGAUUAAACUAAUUUAAAUAAUGGUCAUGUUUAAAACUGUGAUGUGCUAGGGACUUCUGUAUGUUGGACCAGAAGUUGCUGUUUGGUCAGAUUUAUAACUGUGGUUCUUUCUGUGAUCAGAAGAGUGCAGUGUUGCACCAUGAGAAACAUCUAAUGCAGUCGUGAGAACUGUCAUUACUAAAUGGAUGACUGUCUGCCUAGUAUAUUCAUAGUACAAAGACAUAUAUGGGUUUUAAGAGCCAGCUGUACAGAAGUGUAACCCAAAGUAAAGAAUUUACCCAGAUGUCAUUGAAACAAGUUUAUUUUUACCCUACAAAAUGUCACAUGGAAAGGGGGUCAGGUGGAGGGGUUGAGGGUCGGACCAUAAACAAACAAAUAUAUAUAAAUGAAAGGCUUGUCAUUCUCAUACAAACUAUCUAACAAAUAUUAAAUCACAAUAUAGUUAUAUCAUUUCUUUCAUAGUGCUGUGUAUACAUACAAAAUAUAGCUAAAUAACUAAGCCAAAUAAAUAGAGCUUCAAUUUACAGGGGGAAAAUAAAAAUCCUCAUUCCACAUUCCUCAAACUUCAGUUUCACCUUCUUUUUUUAUUUUUUAUUUUCAAAUGACUAUGAUGGUGUACAAAAUAUUUUGAGAACUAUACAUCUAUUAUGUGAGGCCCUUAUCAAAUCAACCUUUAAAAUGGUGCACUUGGCACAAAUACAACCUGUCUAAAUCAUAGGUGGAGCAUUCCAUGAACACAUUCAAAGUGUGAUGCUUUUCUUGUCAC